GAGGAAGUGACCACAGAAAAAUAAGAAAAGCUCCACUUCAGAUUCAUGAAGAUGUGGCUUUGAACUGCCCUGGACCAAGUGGAUUGUUCAUCUUUCAAAAUUCAUGCUGUUUGGUUUUGUUCCUGGAACUAAUUGACCUCUGGAUUCUAGCUGCUGUUUUCUCCCCCCACCUUUUCCUCACAAUGAGUGGUGUUUUCUCCUACUUGGACCCCCGGCGGAUCCAAUGGGGUGCCACAUGGUAUGCCAUGCACUCAAGAAUCCUUCGCACCAAACCAGUAGAAUCCAUGCUGGAAGGCACAGGCACGACCACCCAUGGAACAAAACUGGCCCAGGUGCUCACAACCAUGGAUUUGGUUUCUUUAGGUGUUGGAAGUUGUGUGGGGACUGGAAUGUACGUGGUCUCUGGCCUGGUUGCUAAGGAGAUGGCAGGCCCUGGAGUCAUUGUUUCCUUCAUCAUUGCCGCUGUAGCCUCCAUCUUGUCUGGAGUUUGCUAUGCUGAAUUUGGGGUGCGGGUACCAAAAACAACAGGUUCUGCCUACACCUACAGCUAUGUGACGGUGGGAGAGUUUGUGGCUUUUUUCAUUGGAUGGAACCUAAUCCUUGAAUACCUGAUUGGCACAGCAGCCGGUGCCAGUGCGCUCAGCAGCAUGUUUGAUUCCCUGGCCAAUCACACUAUCAGUCACUGGAUGAUUGACAGCGUUGGGACUUUGAAUGGAUUGGGUAAAGGGGAAGAGUCAUACCCUGAUCUGCUAGCAUUGGUUAUUGCAGUGAUUGUAACUAUCAUCGUUGCUUUGGGAGUGAAGAACUCAGUGGGAUUUAACAAUGUGUUAAAUGUGAUCAAUUUGGCUGUGUGGAUCUUCAUCAUGGCUGCUGGAUUCGUCUAUGUGAAUGGAGAAAACUGGGCUGAGGGGCAGUUCCUGCCAUUUGGAUGGUCGGGGGUACUACAAGGAGCAGCCACUUGUUUUUAUGCCUUCAUUGGUUUUGACAUCAUUGCUACCACGGGAGAAGAAGCCAAGAGUCCCAACACAUCUAUCCCAUAUGCCAUCACUGCCUCAUUGGUCAUAUGUCUGGUAGCAUAUGUAUCUGUGAGCAUCAUCUUAACGCUGGUGGUGCCGUACAAUGACAUUGAUACUGAAUCACCCCUGAUGGAGAUGUUUGCAGCUCAUGAAUUCUACACGGCUAAGUUCAUUGUUGCAAUUGGAUCUGUGGCUGGGCUGACCGUGAGUUUGCUGGGUUCCCUCUUCCCAAUGCCUCGAGUCAUUUAUGCUAUGGCUGGUGAUGGGCUUCUCUUCAGAUUCUUGGCCCAUGUAAGUUCUUAUACUGAGACUCCUGUAGUAGCUUGCAUUGUCUCAGGAUUUCUGGCAGCACUCCUCUCCUUACUAGUAAGCCUGAGGGACCUGAUAGAGAUGAUGUCCAUUGGUACUCUGCUUGCCUACACAUUGGUCUCUGUAUGUGUCCUGCUUCUGCGGUACCAACCAGAGAGUGAUAUUGAUGGCUUUGUCAAAUUCCUUUCUGAAGAGCACACAAAAAAGAAAGAAGGGAUUUUAGCUGACUGUGAAAAAGAAGUUUGCUCUCCGGUUAGUGAAGGGGAAGAAUUUGCAGGACCCCCCACCAACACCUGUGGUGCAAAGAAUCUGCCUUCCUUGGGUGACAAUGAGAUGCUAAUUGGAAAAUCAGAUAAGUCCACCUACAACAUCAACCAUCCCAACUAUGGCACAGUUGACAUGACCUCAGGAAUAGAAGCAGAUGAGUCUGAAAACAUCUAUCUCAUCAAGUUGAAGAAAUUAAUAGGACCACGAUAUUACACUAUGAGAAUCCACCUUGGACUGCCAGGGAAAAUGGACAGGCCUACAGCAGCUACAGGCCAGACAGUUACCACCUGUGUACUCUUGCUGUUUGUCCUUAUGUUUGUCUUCUGCUCUUUCAUUAUCUUUGGAGUGGACUAUCUUUAUGACCAAAGUUGGUGGGCGAUUCUUCUGGUGGUCCUGAUGGUCCUGCUGAUCAUUAUGUUGGUCUUUGUUAUCCUUCAACAGCCAGAAAACCCCAAAAAGCUGCCUUACAUGGCCCCUUGUCUGCCUUUCGUCCCUGCAUUUGCUAUGCUCGUGAAUAUCUAUCUCAUGCUGAAACUUUCAAAGAUCACUUGGAUACGGUUUGCCGUCUGGUGUUUUGUGGGGCUGCUGAUUUAUUUUGGCUACGGCAUAUGGAACAGUACACUGGAAGUCACUGCUCGAGAAGAGGCCUUGCACCAAAGCACCUACCAGCGUUACGAUGUUGAUGUUGAUCCAUUCUCAGUUGAAGAAGGCUUUGCCUCUGCUGAGAGUGAAAAGUACCAAGACUGGGAUCCUGCUGAUGACAAAGGUUUCUCUUAUCAGCAGAUGACAGAAGGAAAGGAAAUCAGUCGGACAAGCAGCAAAUCAAAAAACAAAGCCAAACACAAACAGAACUCAGACACGUUGAUUUCUAAUGAUGAGUUAGACUACUCGCCAGAGUAGAUGUGAUAGAAACAUAACAAUUUCAUUUUAUUUUAUUCGGUCACUAAGCUAACACUUGGGCUGAAAUUCAGUGGCUGUAUUCACACAACCUGUUCAACCUGGUUACUGAAUUCACCCAUUUUGGGGAUUAAUGUUUUGAACCAUGAUGGCCUAACUGACUAAGCAUUGUGGAGUCCUUGGGGCUCUCUGAGCUUGGUUGUUUGCUCGCAAAUGUUUUGUUGCCUGACUAGGCAACAUAGGCAACUAGUCAAGCAAUGAAACAUCUUCAAGCAAACAACCAAGCUCAGAGAGCACCAAGGACUCCACAGUUCAACCCUGAGCCACAGAUGUUCUCUUCUAUUGAAUAAGCAUUUCCACAACAUGGUGAGCCGCAUGAGUUACUAGCAAGCUCAACGUAUUGUGCAAAUGCAUUUGUGAGACCCUUAACUGACCUGGUUAAGAGUGUUGUGUGAACCCAAGCAGCAAUUUCUUUUAGUUCUCAUUUCAAACCCCUCUUAUCAAGGUUGGGAUCCUUCUGCCAGUAAUUUCAUCACUCACUCUCUGCUCUUCGGGUUAGUUCUCUCAAGGGUUCAUCCUUAAUCCACCGAAGGUCCCGCUAAAGGAAUCAAACCCUGAUUUCUCUCCACAUACCCUUCCAGCUCUAAUGUUGUUUCACUUAAUGUUGACAGCAGCUGAUUCUUUGGAUAAGCUAGGGUAACUUGCAAAGCCUUUCUAGAAAACCCAUUGCAUGAGAUGCCUCCUGUUGCACUGACUCAAGUUUUCACCAGAAAAUGCAUCCAACAAACUAUCAACCAAUUAAAUCAGGUUCCAUCGGUAGAGAAAAUGUUAAUAUUUUCAUGCUUUCCCCAAGAACAGGAGCAGACAACCUUUUUUGUACUCAAGGACCACAUUUUUUCUCCUCCUCCUCCACUUUGUGGACUUCAGAUGGCAUGACAGUGAUGUUGGGAUGUCAUCCAAGGACAGUGUUUUUCAACCUUGGCCACUUGAAGAUGUGUGGACUUCAAUUCCCAGAAUUCCCCAUGUCUGGCUGGGGAAUUCUGGGAUUUGAAGUCCACACAUCUUCAAGUGGCUGAGGCUGAGAAACAGUAUCCUAGGAAAUGGAGCUGAAAUAUUGCUGAAUAGAGAGCAAGGUUGGAGGCACUGGAAUUUAAGUGUAAUUGAUACGUUAAAAAUAAUGGCAUCUUAAUUACAUCUAUUCAGUUUCUUGUUUUUGUUAAUUUUCAUGAAAAAUUAUGUUCCGGGGGAGUGAAAAAGGGUCUAGGAGACAAAUUUGGCCACAGGAUGUGGGCUCCAGACCCUUGCUGUAGAAAAUGCUCAUUUGUGCCCAUGCUGGUGACUGUCAAGUCAUCUGGCAAAUAAUAGAUCAGUGUUUUGUUGUUUUGUUUUGUUUUGCUUUGUUGAAGAUAAGAUUGGCAAAACAAGGAGGUAUGUUUAGGAUGGAGCCAUAGUAUUCCCUAGGAAUAUGACAGAGGGAAAAUAGAGAUCCAGUGGUUGGGUAGAGCAAGUGCAUCUUUUCACAUACCAAAAAAAAUUUGCACUUUGGCACACUUAACUUUUCCCAUUUGGAUUUUGAUUCCAUACUUGUUUUCUGUUUGUGCCAUCUGAGCUAAUCCCCAUUGACUUUGAUUUGUUUCCUGAUGAAUCAGGGGUGUCCACAGAGUGUGGUCAAAAAAGUCAAGAUGGAAGCUGUGUUGGUGCAAUCGAAGCUCUGCCUGAUUUUUACACGCACUGCAUUGCACAUGAAAACAGGCAGAGCUUUCAGUUGUACCAUCACAGCUGCCAUCUUAACUUUUUUUUAACCAUUCCUUGAAGAUACCUUAGUGAUGAAUUAAAAUAUGGCAUCGUGUGAUAGACCUAGAUUUGCAUCUUGGUAAGAUUUGAGGUUAGUUGGUUUGAAAAGCUUAGUCAGCUUUUUUUUUUAGUCACUAAGGAUGGAAGGAAAUUUGGUUAUCCAUAUUCUCUGAUAUAUAUUAUAUAGAUCAGAACAAUACAGACCUGAUCUGUACAGUGACAGUAAAAUUUCAAUGGCAUGAUACUAAAAGCUGAAAUUCAGCAGAAUCAUA